AUGGAAAUUCAGACUAAACAAUUGCAUACAAGACAAAUUAUUGAUAUUUUUCCUAUAUUAGAAAUAAAUAUUGAUGAUGUAGAUGUUCCUUUGAAAAAUCCAACUGUAUCUUAUUUGGAUAUUUUUUUCCUUAUAUCUUCAAUUCUUAUGCAUAUUUUGGAUGUAGCAAUUGAUAUAAAUCUUGCAAUAAGAUAUUUAUUAGCUGAAAAAGUAAUAUAUUUUACAUGGACAACUGUUUUUAUUUUUUUACCUUCAUUUAUAAAUGUUAUAAUUAGUAGAAGAAUGCAACAACAAGAUGAUAAGACAAAUGAAACAUCAGAUUCUACUGAUCUUAAAUGUAUACAUGCAAUAUUAUCAAAAAAAUUGUAUUGCAUUAUACUUAUAGCAUUUCAAUUAACACCAGUGUUACGCUAUUAUCGAACUUUAAAAUAUGCUCUUAAUGCUUAUAAGUUCAAUAAACAGAAUAAUCGUAAUGCUCAAAGACGAUAUUAUCUCAAGAUGCUUAAAGAAGAUCAAGAUGUUGCAUUAUUAAGAGUAUCUGAAUGUUUUCUUGAAGCUGCUCCUCAGCAAAUUUUACAACUAACUAUAUUAUUAAAACAUGACCACAAUGAUAUUAAUUUUGAAUUUGUUCAUCAAAUAGCUAGUAUUACUAGUUCACUUGGAAGUAUGGGAUGGGCAAUGGCUAAUUAUCAUCGUAGUAUUAGAUUGGCUCAACAAGAUAAGCUAAAUAUUAGUAUUAUAGGAAUAGUUUUACAAUUUAUAUGGCAUUUCUGUAUAACAGUUUCGAGAAUAUUAUCUCUAAGUAUUCUGGCAAGUAUUUGGCCAAUAUAUACUAUAAUUGGUUGUAUUUUUCAUUGGAUAAGUAUGACUCUUUGGAUUAUUAUUGAUUCCCAUGGUAUAUUGGAAUUUUGUAAAGAUUCUAAUCAUGCUCCACAUUGUUCCCCAAAAAUUAAAGAACGUAUUUAUUCUAUAUUAUUUUCUAUGGUAGUUGGUGUAAUACAUGUGUUCAUAUAUCUAAAUACAAUAGAUGGUAGUACAUUACUUAAACAUGUAUUCUUUUACAUAAUUUGCUUUCUUGAAAAUAUAAUAGCAACUGUUAUUUGGAUAUAUGUUUCAUCAAAUGAAGUUAAAAAUUCUUGGUAUUUUAAUAUACUCAUUAUUUUUUGUGUUAUACCAUUUUUAUUAGGUAUAAUAGCUAUGAUUAUUUAUUAUGGUGUUUUUCAUCCAUCCUUAAAGCAUCAAAAUUGUAUAGAUAAAUGAUUUUUAAUUACUUUUAUUUACAAUAUUUUAGAAAAAUAUAUUUAAUUUAUGUGUAAUUAUGUAAUUUAUUCCAUAAAAGUUGUACAAAUAUUAUUACAAAUUAGUAGUAUUUUAUUAUUAUUUUUAACAUUUUUAUAUUAAAUCAAUUUUCUAACUUUAUUAUAAAUUUUAAAAUUGAAAAAAUAAAAUUGAAAUCAUUUAUAAUAUAGUAUUUGUACAAUUUUUAUUGUGCUCUCUAUAAUUUUAUUUAUAAUAUAUAAUUAUAAAUAUAUCAAAAUCAAAUAAUAAGCUCAAAAAUUAUAAUAAUAUUAAAUUUAAAUAUUAAAUAUUGUAUAAAUAUUGUAAAUCUCUAUAUUUUAUUAUAUGUAUAUUUAUUUAUGUAUAAAAUAUUUUAUAAAGUUUUAUAAUAAAUAAAAUCUGUUAUUUUUAUAAUAUCUAUAUAUUAUAAAUCUUUUUGAAAUGAAAUCUUCAUGAAAUUUUAAUAUUACACAUACAUAAUCUGUAUAAAAAUAAUAAAAAACAUAUAAUAAAAAAUAUAAAAAUAAAAAAUAAUAAAAAAUAAAAAACAUUUAAA